ACAAGGGGUGCGUUUCAACAAUAUCUAUUCCAUAGAGAGAAAAACAAAACCCUAGAGAGCUUUCGUCUACAGAUCCACUCUCUCUCUGUUCCUGCAAAGCGGCGAGCUUUCUCGUUGCUAACAGCAAAAAUCAUGGCGGCGAAGUACGACCUGACGCCACGUGUAGCGCCGCAAUUGGACAGGCAUUUGGUGUUCCCGUUACUGGAGUUUUUGCAAGAGAGGACACUGUACCCAGAUGAAGAUAUACUCAAGGCCAAGAUUGAGCUUCUUAAUAACACCAACAUGGUUGAUUAUGCUAUGGAUAUUCAUAAGUCCCUCUAUCACACCGACGAUGUACCUCAAGAAAUGAUGGAGAGGAGAGCUGAGGUUGUGGCAAGGUUGAAAGCACUUGAGGAAGCUGCAGCCCCUUUGAUUACUUUCUUGCAGAAUUCCAGUGCUGUCCAGGAGUUGAGAGCUGACAAACAGCACAAUCUUCAGUUGCUCCAAGAGAGGUACCAGAUUGGUCCAGACCAGAUAGAGGCAUUGUAUCAAUAUGCCAAAUUUCAGUUUGAAUGUGGAAACUACUCUGGUGCUGCUGAUUAUCUUUACCAGUACCGAGCCUUGUGUACAAACAGUGAUAGGAGCGUCAGUGCAUUGUGGGGAAAGCUUGCGGCGGAGAUAUUAAUGCAGAAUUGGGAUAUUGCACUGGAGGAACUCAACCGCUUGAAGGAAAUUAUCGACUCAAAGAGUUUCUCUACUCCGUUGAAUCAAGUUCAGAAUAGAAUAUGGCUAAUGCAUUGGAGUCUAUUCAUCUUCUUCAACCAUGAAAAUGGCAGAACACAGAUCGUUGACCUAUUUAACCAGGACAAAUACUUGAAUGCCAUUCAAACAAGUGCUCCCCACUUGCUGCGAUACUUGGCGACCGCAUUUAUUGUCAACAAGCGGAGAAGACCUCAAUUUAAGGACUUUAUAAAGGUUAUUCAGCAGGAGCAAUACUCUUGCAAAGAUCCCAUCACAGAGUUUUUGGCAUGUAUUUACGUCAACUAUGAUUUUGAUGGAGCACAGGAAAAGAUGAAGGAGUGCGAAGAGUUAAUAUUGAAUGAUCCUUUCCUUGGAAAAAGAGCUGAAGAGGGAAGUUUCUCUUCUGUGCCAUUGAGGGAUGAAUUCCUUGAAAAUGCUCGCCUUUUUAUCUCCGAGACCUACUGCCGUAUUCACCAACGCAUUGACAUGGGGGUUCUAGCUGAGAAGCUAAACUUGAACUAUGAGGAGGCAGAGCGAUGGGUAGUGAAUCUUAUUAGGACCUCAAAGCUUGAUGCUAAGAUCGACACGGAGACCGGGACAGUUAUAAUGGAACCAAAUCAGCCGAAUGUGUAUGAGCAGCUCAUCGAUCACACCAAGGCCCUUUCUGGACGCACUUACAAAUUAGUCAGCCAGCUUCUUGAACAUGCACAAACGCAGGCUGCUCGAUAGUUUGAUUGAGGAAGUUAAGCCCGUUCCAAUUUUGCAUUGCUCCCGUGCCUGAUUAACACCUUUAUAUUUAAGAAUGUUCUUUAGUUUUGUCUUUUUAAUGCCUGGAUUUCCCCUGGAGGAACAUUUUGAGAUACAUGAUGAAUUAUUAUAUAUCUUUUCGACUCA